CCUGACUAUUAUGGAAUAUAUCUCAGAACCUGCUGAGGAUUUAUUUGUUUAACUCUUCUUAUUUGAUGGAUCAUAGCUCCUAAUCUGAGAAUGCACUUUGGAUCUUCAUACUUUUUUCUUUUUCCUUUUAACUUCUGCUAAUCCUGUUUUCUUUGUAGUUACAUAAAUGUCUUGCCAUUGGUGUUGAGACUGUGUUUUAUAGGGUUGUUUGGCAGCUCAGGGCUGCUUGGUGAUGGCGAAUGUUCUUUUAUAGGGCUGUGGCACACGUAGCAGAGUGAACUGGCUAACGGUUUCUUAUUUUCAUGUGGGCCUCAUUUGUUCACUCAGUCCGGAACAGGAAGGCCCCGGAGGGGUUGGGGUGUGUGUGACUGAGGGUGUGUAUGUGCAUUUGAAACUGCAGGCUAGAUGAUACUAGAUACCCGUAUGCCAUGAGAAACUCUGCUCAACCCAUGUUUGUCACUUUUUCAGACAAUGCAAGCUAUACUUGUAUUCUCUCGAGUUUCAGAUAAACCAUCGGUGACUGUCACAUUGACUUGAAUGUUUUUAGGAACUGCUGGUGAUUUUGCCAGAGUGACAAACUUUAAUCUUAAACCCCUUUGUUGUCGAUACAUCGUGGUUUACUUGGUGUUAUGAGCAAAUGUUUAUGAGUAAGCGUAACAUCCAGAUGAACAGAAUCAACUUUUUUGGAUUUCCUUACUUGGAUGACUGAGCGUGCAUCAAGACGUUACAAGCAUAGGUUUGCUAGGCAUUAUGAUCCUAUGUAAUCGGUUUUGUUUCGUUGAUCAAACUCCUAGGAUUUGCAUUUUGAACCCUCCUUGCCUCUCAGUGAACUGACAUUUGUUUUAACUUUUUAUGGAAUGUCUCUUUAAGGAUGGAGGAGGGGACAUGCAGAACAUUCCUUUAGUUUCAGAACUGGAAAAAAAAAAAGAUUAUCCCACAAAUGUGGUUGACCUUUGAGUUCUACCCCGAAAACCACUCAUCCUAGCGGGAAACCAGAGCUGUAGCCAAAGCUAUGAUCUGGUCAAGUGUGUGACCUGUCAGGGGUCUGUGGGUGGGUUUUCUUCUCUAGGCUUUUCAAUAAAGGCUACAUCCUUGGAACUAGGCCCUCUGUGGCUCUCACAAAGGAGGAGCCAAACACUCAAAGACCUUCAUUUAUUGCCAGACCCCCUUUUUUUUUUUUGCCUCAGAGGAAGUGGGAUGCUACGCAAGAGCAAAGGGAAAUCAGUCGUUUCCAGUGCUACAUACAUCUGGCUGAGGAGGAGAUAAAGACAGAGUCUGAUGUGGUAGAGGGAAUGGAUGCAUCUGUGCGAUCCAAAGUCCCUGAUCCACCAGGGUCAGCAGAAAGAUCAGUGGCACCACAGAAACGAAAGGUGUCGAGUCCCACCCAUUCUUCCAAUGGGCACUCUCCCUCAGACACCUCCCCCAGCCCUCUUAAGAAGAAGAAGAAGCCAGGGGCCAUGAAUUGUAACAACAAAGACCAGUCAGAGCUAAGACAUGGUCCCUUUUACUAUAUGAAGCAGCCAGCACUCACCACAGACCCUGUUGAUGUUGUACCGCAGGACGGCAGGAACGACUUCUACUGCUGGCUGUGCCACCGCGAGGGCCAGGUGCUCUGCUGUGAGCUCUGCCCCAGGGUGUACCACGCCAAGUGCCUCAAACUACCAGCUGAGCCCGAGGGCGACUGGUUCUGUCCAGAGUGUGAGAAAAUUACAGUCGCUGAAUGCAUUGAAACCCAGAGCAAGGCGAUGACAAUGCUGACAAUAGACCAGCUCUCCUAUUUACUCAAAUUUGCACUCCAAAAGAUUAAACAGCCUGGGACUGAGCCCUUUCAGAAACCUGUAUCUCUGGAACAACAUCCAGAUUAUGCAGAGUACAUCUUCCACCCCAUGGACUUAUGUACUUUAGAGAAGAAUGUAAAGAAGAAGAUGUAUGGCUGUACUGAAGCUUUUCUUGCUGAUGUGAAAUGGAUCUUGCACAACUGCAUCAUCUAUAAUGGAGGCAAUCACAAAUUAACAGCAACUGCAAAAGUCAUUGUCAGGAUCUGUGAACAUGAGAUGAAUGAGAUUGAGGUGUGUCCAGAGUGCUACCUGUCCGCAUGCCAAAAAAGGGACAACUGGUUUUGUGAGCCAUGUAGUCAACCCCACCCCCUGGUUUGGGCUAAGCUGAAGGGCUUUCCAUUCUGGCCAGCAAAAGCACUUCGUGAAAAGGAUGGGCAAGUAGAUGCACGCUUCUUCGGGCAGCACGACAGGGCCUGGGUUCCCAUCAACAACUGCUACCUCAUGUCCAAAGAGAUCCCUUUCUCUGUAAAGAAAACAAAGAGCAUUUUCAAUAGUGCCAUGCAAGAAAUGGAGGUCUAUGUGGAAAACAUUCGCAAGAAGUUUGGAGUCUUCAACUACGCACCCUUCCGCACUCCGUACACCCCCAACAACCAGCUACAAAUGCUGGUGGACCCUUCCAACCCCGGUGCUGGUACAGUGAAAACAGAGAAACCAGAUAAACUUCGCUUCAACUUUGAUAUAACUGCUUCUCCUAAGAUGGUCCUCGGCAAGAGUAGCACACCCAGUAGUAUGAAUCGGCGGGUCUCAAUGACAGACAUGCCUCGGUCUCCCAUGAGUACAAACUCUUCGGUUCACACAGGGUCUGAUGGAGAGCAAGAUGUGGAAAAGGGCAACAGAAAUCCUGCACUCCAUUACAGCACUGGAGAGGAAUCAAUGGACUGUACUGCAUCUCCUGUUUCAGGGAAGAUGGGUCCUGGAGGCAGCGUGUCAGGUAGUCCAAAGCCCUUUAACCCUGGACUGGUGCCAAAGCAGGAGAGGACUGCAGGGACAGGUGGCAUCCUCAAUCUCAACCUGGAUCGAGUCAAGGCUGAAAUGGAUCUCAAAGAGCUGAGUGAGACUGUCCAACAACAGCAGCAACAACAAGGAGUCCCUGCGCCCCCUUCUACUCCAAAGAGACCCAUCAGGAGCUUGGACAAGACUAUUGAAAGCUGCAAGGCACAGCUUGGUAUUGAUGAGAUAUCUGAAGAUGCGUAUAAAGAUGUGGAUCACAGUGACUCUGAGGACUCUGAGAAAUCAGAUUCAAGUGACAGCGAGUAUCUCAGUGAUGAGGAACACAAGCCAAAAAGUUCAGCUCAGGAGGACAAGGACAAAAUGGAGAGAAAAAGGUCUAAAGCAAGCACGGAUGGAGAGAAUAAGGAAGGAGCUUUGGCAACGGGGGAUAAAGCCACCCCUGAACCCCCACUCAAAGAGAAGCAGGGUAGCAAUGGCCCAGAUAGAGACCUCAAGGACAAGCCCAGAACACCCCAGUCUCAACCCCUUGCUGACAAACCCAAAGCCCCAGAGGAUGUCAAAGCAGCUGCUGCUACAUCAGCAGCUGAGCAGGACUCUGAUUCUGAAAGAGAGCUUGUGAUUGACUUAGGGGAUGAACAUGGAGGUCGUGACUCAAAGAGGGCGAAAAGAGAGCUGGGAUCUUCCACUGCCAAAACUCCCAAAGAGUCUAAUGUUGCCAAGCUGGAAGGCAAACUGCCUUCAUCUGCUGCAUCAGUAGCACCAGCACGUGAUGUUACAUCCAGCACGAAAGACUCGUCGCAGCCUUCUGUCACAUCGGCGCUCAACCUCGUUUCCUCCGCCGCUUCUGCUCAGCCCAGUGCCACGACCACCACCAGUGGAUCCACCAGUGCACCUUCUCCUGUCUCCACUUCUUCACCAGUGACUACAGCUGUAAAGAAACAGCGUCCCCUACUGCCUAAAGAGACUGCUCAAGCUGUGCAGCGGGCUGUAGUUUGGAAUCCAACAAAGUUUCAAACGUCUUCUCAGAAGUGGCAUAUGCAGAAGAUGCAGAGGCAACAGCAACAGGAUGGAGAGCAGUCGGCUGUACAGACACGCAGCCCACAACAGCAGAACUCUUCUUCAAGCACUCGCUAUCAGACCAGACAAGCAGCCAAGGGGCAACAAAAAGACCCACCUCUGAGUGCAUCCUCAUCAACAUCUGCCCAGGUCACAUCUGGUAGCUCUUCUUUUAUGUCUGGUGACUUGCAGAUCCCCACAGUCUCAGCUGAUGUAGCUGCAGAUAUAGCUAAAUACACAAACAAAAUUAUGGACACAAUAAAGGGGACGAUGACUGAAAUCUACAAUGAUCUUUCCAAAAGCACAUCGGGAAACACGAUUGCAGAGAUUAGACGGUUAAGGAUAGAGAUCGAGAAGCUCCAGUGGCUCCAUCAGCAAGAGUUGUCAGAGAUGAAGCACAAUCUGGAACUAACAAUGGCAGAGAUGAGGCAGAGUUUGGAGCAGGAAAGAGAACGAUUGGUGGCUGAGGUGAAAAAGCAAACGGAGUUAGAAAAGCAGCAAGCGGUGGACGAGACCAAAAAGAAACAGUGGUGUGCUAACUGUCGGAAGGAGGCCAUCUUCUAUUGCUGCUGGAACACCAGUUACUGUGAUUACCCCUGCCAGCAAGCCCAUUGGCCAGAGCACAUGAAGUCCUGCACACAAUCAGCCACAGCGUCGCAGCAGGAGCCGGAGGCAGACCCCAACCCAGAGCCGUCAGUCAAAUCAUCAGGCCACUCUCCCGCCACGCAGACCGUGCCUUCAGGCUCAGGAUCAAUAUCGGACAAAAGCAACUCUCCCACAUAUAUGGACAAAAGCAAGGACAGUGCUGGUGUUACUGUGACCUAACUGCUACACUACGGGCAUAUUUUGGGAGGUCACUGUGGGACUCUUUGGUUCAGAUGUGGUGCCGGAAGGCCCACACCUCUGUGACAAAUCGUUUUUUCCCCAUUCCCUUAUGUACAUCUAGUUUUUGGUUCAAAUGACAUUCUCAGUUUCCUCAUCUACGUUCAGCUGGAUUCACCUUGUGAAAGCUGUCUGUCUUGAGAAAUAAAUGUGAGUCUAUAUGUUUUCAUACUGUAGUUAUGUUACAGCUCUCUCACCACUUUCUCAGCUCUGAGCAAGAUUGUAUGAAUCCACAUAAUACUUUUGUCUUUAUCACUUCCAUUGCUGCUCCUUCAGGGUUGUUUUAUUUUGCAGACUGUUCUCCAUAUUGUGAGACAAAACAUUUGAAACAGCCAUCAACAUUUAUCAUGGUGCCAUCAGAGAUCUUUUGACUGAUGCAAGUUUUAUCUUUGGUAUAAACCACCGCUUCAUGCCAACUAAGGUGUUUGUUUGUUUUUGUUUUUUUUGUUUUUUUUUUAAUUUAGCAAUGCAAGUUCAAAAAUUGUUUCAGCCAUGUCCUUUUCAUGUCAGUGGUGGCAUUUUUGUCUCCUACCAGUUUUGUAUUGUAGUUUUAUGUUGUAUAGGACUACAGAAAGAGAUCCAAUUUAUGAAAAUGAACUAAAAAUUUAAACUGUACAAAGUUUUUGUAAGAAGAUACCUGAACAAUAUUUAUAGUGUUAUAUGUUUUUAUAGUAUGUUUGUUGGAAUUACAUUUCUAUGUGUUUAAAAAACAAAACAAAACAAAAAAAAGUUAUUGGAAAGUAUAUUACUUUAUAUGAAUGUCAGCUCUAAGCAGAGUCAGUUUGACCAGAUAUCCAAAGUAAAUCCUGGUCAGACUGCUGCUAAGAACUGGGUAGACAUAAAUAGAAACUGCAUUUUGGCUGGAUAUUACUUCCUGUGAGCAUGUCUGUUUUGAGCUUGUGUCUCGUUCUUGUUUACAUAUUGUAUAUAAAAUAAAUGGAUCCGUGAAGAAAAAAAAUUAAAAAAUCGUCAGUUUGG